CAGUCAGCACAUGGGCGUGUGUUUCCGCCACGGUAGUAGCUCCUGCGGGAAGCUCGGCAGCUCCCAGAAAUAGUGUAGACCAAAGAAUCCAGGAAGCCUGAGAGCAGAAACAUGGCUGAAGAAGUGUCACCAGUAACUCGACAAGUAACUAAAGGAAACGUGGAAACAUGGAGCCAGUGUGUCGAUGUCCGUCUGGAAGAAGUGGAGGAUUGUUUAGUUUACGACCGACACGGAGUCUCUGCUCCUUUCAAGAAGUUAUACCAGGACAGGAGGGCGGUCAUAAUAUUCCUGCGGAAUUUCCUGUGCUACAGCUGUAAAGAAUACGUGGACGAUUUGAGCAAAAUACCAAGAGAAGCACUUGAGGAUGCUGGUAUUAGGCUGAUUGUGAUUGGUCAGUCUGCUCAUCACCAUAUAGAGCCGUUCUGCUCGUUGACAGGCUAUCCUUAUGAAAUAUAUGUGGACCCACAGAGGUGCAUUUAUCAAAAGCUUGGGAUGAAGAGAGAGCAGAUAUUUACCAACACAGCAACUCCUAGUCCCCAUGUGAAGUCUGGUGUUUUUCUGGGCCAGAUGAAGAGUAUAUGGAGAGCCAUGACCAGCCCUCUAUUCGACUUUCAGGGUGACCUACAUCAGCAAGGUGGAGCCAUCAUUGCAGGACCAGGCUCUCAAGUCCAUUUUUCCCAUUUUGACAUGAACCACCUGGACCACAUGCCCAUCACCUGGCUGCUGCAGCUGGCCGGAGUUCAACAGACUCUGGACUUCAGCGAUAAGCCAAAGAUCCUCCAUGUAUAGUCAGGUGGCCGCCCGAGUGGGUGCUGUGCCACCACAUCACUGUUAUUAUCACACAGGGGGACACACGCUGCUUGUUUAGUUACAUCAUCUUUGCACACUGGCAUAUUGAACUAGAAGAGCUUGAGCAGUAUCAUUCUCAGUAACAGGUAUUUGUGUCCCAGUGAUUCUGAGUAAAGUGUUUAUCAUUCCUCUGCGAGGUCAUGAGGUCACAAUCCUGAAUAGAUCUGUUUAUUUAAUGUAUUUCUUUAACCAGGUAAUUGAGCUACAUUAUCUUUUUUAUUUACAAGAGAGACUUGGAAAAGUGGAAAUUUAACUGAGUAACAUAAAAACACACACCACACAAACCCACAUUAUAACACAACAGAAGAAGACCUGAAAGACAUGACAGUUUAUGUUGUGUUAAAGGAAAGGGCAAUAAAAUAAUAUUUAUAAAAAUAGCAAUAUAAGUUUCAUCAAUAGCGAAAUAACCAAAGUCCAAUAUACAUAUAUUAUAUUGCUUAGGCAUUGUGGAAGCACAGCUCAUAAAGAUAAAAGUUUCAAACCACAACCAUCACGCAGGAGUAAAAACAAGUCUUAACUUUAAUAGUGGUUUUGGUAGACCAAAUAAAAAUAACUCAAGGUCUCCUAACUGGCUUUUUGCAGAAUUUACAUCUUUUGGGCUGAUGAACUGAGAAUGUUACAAAGUGACCUGAGGAAACUCAUUUUGCUACUGAAAACUAUGGGAUGGGAUCAGGCAUGUGCACAGAUAGACCCCUCAAGCACUGGCCCUUUUGCCCUGGAUGAAAAAAGUGCCCUUCUGCUGGAGCCCAAUUGUUUCUUCAUUCAUCAAUAUUUAAGAAUAGAAAUCAAUCUCUCUGUCAUCAAUUGAUGAUUGCUAGUUGUACAUCAAAUUGCUCUUGAAGGAUAUUAACAAUUUUCUUUUAUGGACAACUUUUGUUAACCACAAUCUGCACAAACCAAGCUAAAGCAGCAGAGGAACCCAGCAGCCAGCAGGGGGCAGCCUCAGGACAUCACUGGAAAAAAUGUAGAAAAAAAAGGUUAGGGUUAGGGCAAUUCCUGCGCAGUUCGCUUCUGCGCAGGAUGUGCGCAAUGGGCUUCUGCGCAGGAUGUGCGCCCCUGUCACUGGUUAUCUUGGCUCGCUGUCUGACCGAUAACCAGACAUCCGGACCGCUCCGUGAACAAGGAGGAGGAGAUGUUUCUUUACUUGGAAUGCGGCAACUUUAUUUCUCGGAUAUACAGCAGGAGCAACACUCGCAUCCCCUCUAGGUGGUCCAUCAGUUCUCGUUAUACACACACUUUUAGCGUUUUUUCACCACAAUACCCUGGUGCACUAAGUCGCACACUACAAACUUUCCUUAAAGGGGCAGGCCCUACCUGCAACACAACAGCUCUCUGUCUCAUAUACAGAUGGCAAGAGAAUGCAGAGAGGGAUUUUUACACACUGUCUGAUAAAGAUUCCGACAGUAAAGGCAAGGGGUAGUGAUGGAUAAGGGUUUCUUUAACAAGUUAAAUCUUUCAUUCUCACUGUCCAGCUGUUUACUGACGUUUGUCAUGUUUAAUGAAGAGAGAGAGGGAGAGGGAUACAGACAGACAGACAGACAGACAGACAGACAGACAGGCAGGCAGGCAGGCAGGCUGGCAGGCAGGCAGGCAGACAGACAGACAGAUAAUUUAAAGGCAGUUCACUAGUUUUGUUUGAUAUAAAAUCGUAAUUAUUGAAAUGAAAGGUAAGUCUUAAGUUGAGCUACAUGACAGUUUGGUGAGGUAUAUUGUGGUAUAUUACUUAUGUAAUGCUGCUUAUGCUUCAACUCUGUCAGAAAACAGUAAAAAAAAUGUGUGUGUACUGUGUUGUCAGCUUUAUAGAGAUUAUGCCAGUCACUCUUGAUAAUUAUGCACAACAUUGAUUUAUCUCAUUUACAAAAUUUGCAGCAUAAUGCCAAGAGAAGAGAGACUCCAAAAGCAGAAGGACAGGGAACUGCAGCAAGCAGCUCAGGCCAUCAACUUGUAAAACAGAUGAGGGAGAAUCAGUAACCCUACCUGGUCCAGAGGAGCCCAUCACAUCACUAACCCUAACAUCAACAUAUUAUUUGGUUAUUCAAUAUUACCUUGUUUUGUCUGUUUUUGCCUGUUAUUCAUUAUUUAUUCAAAUUGAUAAUUUAAGUUAGUUUGUUAACAAAAAUAAAUAUAUAAGUUGACCUGGCGUGCCUGGAUGGGAUUAAAAAGCUUGUAAAUUAUCCUUGGGGUGAUUUGUUUUUUCGGUCUUUCUUGCUUAAAUAACACGGGUGAGUUUAUAAGUGAGAUACACGUGCACGACUGUUGUCAUGUAGGAAUACACCUAAUGCUAUGUCUCUUGUUUUGUAAUACUGUUGGCACAUUGGUGACCUAGAUAUUAGGCCUUGUCGCACCCCUUCAUUUUUACAGCCACUGUCUUCAUUUGCUCGGUAUUUAUUACACUGUUAAUAAAGUUGAACUGCCACACCCAA